AUUCCACUUGGUAUGGACUCAUGAGUGGGGCGUUUACUUUCUCUCUGGUUCGAGCCUUGGCCAAGCAUGAAUACCGAAAGGUACAUUCAGCAACCAGUUUUUAUCAGUCAGUGGACAUUGUUGCGGGCUUAGAAGUGUUCCGAUGUUUGCCUAAGUCUCCAAAGGCUUGACACACUUCACUCUGAUGAAAUUUUAUCCGAUACAGUGUGCAAAGUAUUGAUUACACGCUCAAGCAGUCUCAUUAGAUUAUUUUGAUUGCACUGUGAUAUUGAGUAUAUGUCAGGAUGCACCUAUCACGUGUGUACAUAUUACUGGUGUGCUGUCUACUGGCGGUAGGACAUGUGAUAUCGGCGCCAAGUCCUCAGGAACCAGCAUUCGAAUUGCCAGUUCAAUUAGUUGGAUUUCCUGUAAUUAUUGCUGCUGUUAGAAUAACCAAUUUCAUCAAGAAACUCGCAUACUCCCUCAAUCCUCAAACAUACAUGAGUCGCUCCAAAAGGUCUACUCGCCCUCAUGAUGAAAAGAUCUUGGAUGUAGCUCAAGUAGAAAAAAGAUUAGUUGCUGAAUUGGGUGAAAAAGUUUGCGUUUACGAAAGAAUAUGUGCGAGAUAUGCUGAGAUCACAUUAAGACGAGGACAUCAAGAUAGGAAUCUUGAUUGGGAUGAAAUAUUUAGUCAAUAUAAAACAUCACCAGAUCCAAUGAAGGAAAAUUAUUUACUCAGUGUCUUUUUGGGUGACAUUGUUGGCAGUCCAAGACUUUGUCAUCAGUUAGUUAAGCGUGGAAGAGGAUGUCAAGAUGAUGGGAAUGUUGCCUGAUUAAAAAUAGAUGUUAUUAGAAAAUAAAUUGUAAAAAAGAA